CCCAACAUGCACGUCAGCCCAAAUAUCAUUAAACGCCGCAGGGGGGGACUCAUCGAACAACGGGACAUCAUUAAAGCACACCAGGCACACAAGAUUCAGAGCACCCCACAGGCUCGACGCAAGGAAUGGGAAAUGGCUCGGUUCGGAGACGAUGUUCCCGGUCUGUUGGGAGCCGGGGAUGGGGGGUCGGAGCGCAGUCGGAACCGAGAGGCUCCGGCGGUAUCCACAGGUGGUAUUUCACCAGCUUUCAAACAAACCAAAGCGCAGCGAGCCCGAACCAUGGCCCUGUACAACCCAAUCCCAGUCCGACAGAACUGCUUAACCGUCAACAGAUCGCUCUUCAUUUUCGGGGAGGACAACAUCGUUAGGAAGUAUGCAAAGAAGAUAACAGAGUGGCCUCCGUUUGAGUACAUGAUCCUGGCCACCAUUAUCGCCAACUGCAUCGUCCUGGCCCUGGAGCAACACCUGCCUGGAGAGGACAAGACGCCCAUGUCAAAGAGACUUGAAAAAACAGAGCCCUACUUCAUAGGAAUGUUUUGCUUUGAGGCUGGAAUAAAAAUCAUUGCCUUGGGAUUUGUUUUCCACAAGGGCUCGUACUUGAGAAACGGCUGGAAUGUCAUGGACUUCAUUGUCGUCCUGAGCGGGAUUCUGGCUACAGCAGGAGCCCACAUGAAUAUUUCAUUAGACCUGCGCACACUGAGAGCUGUGAGAGUACUACGGCCCCUCAAACUGGUUUCAGGAAUUCCUAGUCUACAAAUAGUUCUUAAAUCUAUAAUGAAGGCGAUGGUGCCACUGCUACAGAUUGGUCUGCUGCUGUUUUUUGCCAUUCUCAUGUUUGCCAUCAUUGGACUGGAGUUCUACAGUGGGAAACUCCACAGCCACUGUGAAGCUGAACGUAACAUCAGUGACAAUGAGACAGUGGACUCAUCUGAUUCUGAAUACCCGUGUGGGGUCAGAAAGUGUCCAAAUAAAUAUAAAUGCUCUGACAACUGGACCGGACCCAACGAUGGCAUCACCCAGUUUGAUAACAUCCUGUUUUCUGUACUUACCGUCUUCCAGUGCAUCACCAUGGAAGGCUGGACAACAGUACUCUAUAACACCAACGAUGCCUUAGGCCCUACAUGGAAUUGGCUCUACUUCAUCCCUCUAAUAAUAAUUGGCUCUUUCUUUGUGUUGAAUCUGGUAUUAGGAGUCCUGUCAGGGGAGUUUGCUAAAGAGAGAGAGCGAGUUGAAAACCGAAGAGCCUUCAUGAAACUCAGGAGACAGCAGCAGAUCGAGAGGGAGCUGAAUGGGUAUCGGGCCUGGAUCGACCGUGCAGAGGAGGUUAUGCUUGCCGAGGAGAGCAAGAAUUCUGGACCGUCUGCAUUAGAUGUGCUGAAAAGGGCCACCACCAUAAAAAGAAGAGGGGUAGAUGAUGGCCGGAAAGCUCCAGAGGAGCAGUAUGCAGACAUCUCAUCUAUAGGGAUGCCUUUGAACAGAGCCAGCAUACGCAGCACUAAAAGAGGACCAACUUCCUAUUUCCGUCGGAAGGAACGCAUGCUGCGUAUCUCCGUUCGCCGUAUGGUGAAGACUCACACCUUCUACUGGAUUGUUCUGAGUCUGGUGGCCCUCAACACUCUCUGUGUAGCCAUCGUACAUCACAAACAGCCUCCAUGGCUGUCUAGCCUCCUCUACUAUGCAGAGUUUCUGUUUCUGGGCUUGUUUCUCACUGAGAUGUUUCUGAAGAUGUAUGGACUGGGGCCCAGACUCUAUUUCCACUCCUCUUUCAACUGCUUCGAUUGUGGGGUGAUAGUGGGCAGCAUAUUUGAGGUGCUCUGGGGGUUCUUUAGACCAGGCACAUCUUUUGGGAUCAGUGUUCUGCGUGCCUUGCGGUUGUUGAGAAUCUUCAAGAUCACCAAGUACUGGGCGUCCCUGAGGAACUUGGUUGUGUCCCUCAUGAACUCCAUGAAGUCCAUUAUCAGUUUGCUCUUCUUGCUUUUCCUCUUCAUUGUGGUCUUUGCCCUUCUGGGCAUGCAGCUCUUUGGUGGAAGGUUUAUUUUUGAAGACUACACACCCACUAAUUUUGACACUUUUCCAGCAGCUAUCAUGACAGUGUUUCAAAUUCUCACUGGUGAGGACUGGAAUGAAGUCAUGUACAAUGGCAUACGGUCUCAAGGUGGUGUUAAGUCAGGGAUGUGGUCGUCUGUCUACUUCAUUGUCCUGACUCUGUUUGGAAAUUAUACACUUCUCAAUGUCUUCUUAGCUAUCGCUGUCGACAACUUGGCCAAUGCCCAGGAGCUUACAAAGGACGAAGAGGAGGAAGAGGCUGCAUUCAAUCAGAAACAUGCUCUGCAGAAAGCCAAAGGGGUUGGGCCCAUGUCCUCGUUUAUGUCCUCAGAGAGGAGGAGGAGGCCCUACCUGUAUAGGAAGCGUGCAAUUCACCGGAGCCGCGCGGCCUACUCCUUUGAAGAUUCUGAGAGCCUCGCUGAUGCUCCUCCACUCAAUGCUUCUAACUCUUUCAUGUCCAGGAGAGAGAGGAGGAGAAGGUUGACCAUGUCAGUCUGGGAGCAGAGGACCAGCCAGCUGCGGCGACACAGGCAGAUGUCCAGCCGCGAGAUCCUUUUCAGCAGCCCGAGCGAGGAGCACGAUGGACCACCCGGCUGCCACCACCGGAAGCCUGGGAUUUCCCCGUCUGACAGCAAGCGUGGAGCCAUUGAGACCACAACAACCACCACCAUGCUGGAGGCCACCUUAGAGCCUCCCAUGCCUAUGGACAUGCCCAUGGAUGAACAAGCUUUGUCCAUCCCUAUUCCGGAACCGCCUUUGGCUAUUCCAAUACCGGAGCCUCCCAUGCCUGUGGACAUAUCCCUCCCUGAGCCUCCAGUAACGCUAAAUCUACCCCUAACAGAGCCGUCUGAAUCAAAAACCUCAACAGAGGACACCAAUAACCAUUGCCCCAGACUGAAGGGGAAUAGGCGACAGCGAGCGGUGCGCAAGUACAGGCCUCCUGCGAUGGGGGACACGCUGACCCCUGAUAUGGGGCCCAGGCCCAGGCGGCCACGCCACCACGAUCCACAACUAGACACUAGGGGAAAGGAAGCACAACAAGGAGAUGGUGGUGUUGACAGCCGAGAACAGAGGCUCGGGAAUGAGGGAGAAGAGAAGGAGUCAAAGAAUGAUGGAGAGAUCAGUUCAGACAACAGAGUGAUUGAUCAUAGGCAGAACAAACCAGACUGCUCUGAAUCCUCAGAGCCUAAACCACCCGUCAAUUCCCCCCCCAAAAUCCAGCCCCAGGACUCAGAACCUGCAACACUACAUCUCACUGACAACACACUCCAGAAGUCCCCACAGGCCACUAAGAGUGCCGGUGAGACAGAAAAUAACAACCAUGGAUCCUUGAACCAGGAUAAGUCCUCCCUCAACACCAGCAUCGUCAUAGAAGUGACAGACACUCAGCCAUCCAUGGAGUUGACCUCGAUAACGGGUAAUAGCAAAGAUGUGGAGGCCUCAAAGUCAGAGAAAGAAGAAGAGGAAACCCCAAAUGCACCCAAAGGCCCUCCACCUGUCAGCAUGUUAAUUUUCAAACCCAACAACCCGGUCCGCAGGGUCUGUCACUACAUUGUCAAUCUUCGCUAUUUCGAAAUGUCAAUCCUUCUUGUGAUUGCUGCCAGCAGCAUUGCCUUGGCUGCCGAAGACCCCGUCAACACAAAUUCAGAAAGGAACAAAGUGCUCCGCUAUUUCGAUUAUGUAUUCACUGGCGUCUUCACAUUUGAAAUGAUAAUCAAGAUGAUUGAACAGGGUUUGAUUUUGCACGACGGCUCCUAUUUCCGUGACCUGUGGAACAUUUUGGACUUCAUAGUUGUGGUGGGAGCUCUGGUGGCCUUUGCUCUUACGAAUGUGAUGGGGAGUAACACAGGACGAGACAUAAAAACCAUAAAAUCACUGCGUGUGCUUAGAGUGCUGCGUCCUCUUAAAACUAUUAAAAGACUUCCCAAACUCAAGGCAGUGUUUGACUGUGUGGUCACAUCACUGAAGAAUGUCUUCAACAUCCUCAUUGUCUACAAGCUCUUUAUGUUCAUAUUUGCCGUCAUCGCUGUGCAGCUUUUCAAAGGGAAAUUUUACUACUGUACUGACAGUUCCAAGGACACAGAGGAAGAGUGCAAGGGCUACUACAUUGACUAUGACAAAGACAAGAAAAAAGAGAAGCGAGACUGGAAGAGACGUGAUUUCCACUAUGAUAAUGUCAUCUGGGCCUUGCUCACUCUCUUCACUGUUUCUACUGGGGAGGGCUGGCCGCAAGUUCUGCAGCACUCUGUUGAUGUGACCGAGGAGGACCGGGGUCCCAGCCAGGGCAACAGGAUGGAGAUGUCCAUCUUCUAUGUGAUUUAUUUCGUUGUGUUCCCCUUUUUCUUUGUAAAUAUAUUUGUGGCUCUCAUCAUCAUCACCUUUCAAGAGCAGGGCGAUAAAAUGAUGGAGGAGUGCAGUCUGGAGAAAAACGAGAGGGCUUGUAUCGACUUUGCCAUCAGUGCCAAGCCUCUGACACGCUACAUGCCACAGAACAGACAGACCUUACAGUACCGGCUGUGGCACUUUGUGGUGUCGCCCUCCUUUGAGUACACUGUGCUUACGAUGAUUGCUCUCAACACCAUCGUGCUCAUGAUGAAACACCAUGAUCCUCGUCCUGAAGGCUAUGAAGAUGUGUUGAAACACCUCAACACUGCGUUCACAGUGAUUUUCUCUGUGGAAUGUGUCCUCAAAAUCCUGGCAUUUGGUUUUUUGAAUUAUUUCAGAGACACAUGGAAUAUAUUUGACUUCAUUACAGUUCUUGGAAGUAUCACUGAAAUUGUGGUUGACCAAUUAUCUAAGGCUGGAACUAUUAAUAUGAGCUUCCUAAAGUUAUUCCGUGCAGCUCGGCUGAUUAAACUUCUGCGUCAGGGCUACACCAUUCGUAUUCUGCUCUGGACUUUUGUUCAGUCAUUCAAGGCUCUUCCUUAUGUCUGCCUGCUCAUCGCUAUGCUGUUUUUCAUCUAUGCUAUCAUUGGCAUGCAGGUUUUUGGCAACAUCAAGGUAAAUGAAAAAAGCCAAAUCAACCGACACAAUAACUUCAGGACAUUCUUUGGUGCCCUCAUGUUGUUGUUCAGGAGUGCAACAGGUGAGUCAUGGCAGGACAUCAUGUUGUCAUGUUUAGGAGAGAAAGAGUGUGAAACCGACAUGUCUCUCCACAAUUCAACAAAAAAGGAAAUAAGAAAAGAAUGCGGGACCGACUUUGCAUACUUCUACUUUGUCUCCUUCAUCUUCUUCAGUUCCUUUUUGAUGCUCAAUCUGUUUGUGGCUGUGAUCAUGGAUAAUUUUGAGUACCUGACACGAGACUCAUCCAUUCUGGGUCCACAUCACUUGGAUGAGUUUGUACGGAUCUGGGGAGAGUAUGAUCGUGCUGCAUGUGGAAAACUACACUAUAAGGAGAUGUACAAAGUUGUACGCACAAUAUCACCUCCUCUGGGCUUUGGAAAGAAUUGCCCCUACAGGGUGGCGUGCAAGCGGUUAGUGCUGAUGAACAUGCCAGUGGAUGACGACAUGUCAGUUCACUUCACCUCCACUCUUAUGGCCCUGAUACGCACUGCACUGGAUAUUAAAAUUGCUCAAGGGGGUGAGGACAGAGGUCAGAUGGACAUAGAGUUACAAAAGGAAAUUAGUGUCAUCUGGCCACACCUCUCCCAUAAGUCUCUUGACCUGCUUGUACCCAUCCACAAAGCCAGUGACAUGACCAUUGGGAAGAUCUAUGCAGCCAUGAUGAUCAUGGACUACUACAAGCAGAACAAAGCAAAGAAGCUCCGCCAGCAGAUUGAGGAACAGAAACAUGCUCCGAUGUUCCAACGCAUGGAUGCAUCCUCACUGCCACAGGACAUUCUAUGCAGUGCCAAGGCUCUGCCAUUCCUGACACACAGUGCAGGAUCUGCCCUCACCAGAGGUGGGUUUUUGGCACUGAGUCCCAUCUCCCCCCAAGAUCUUUUCAUGCAACCCAUGGCCCAAGAGUCCAUGGAAAACAGGGAGGAAUACCAACACCAUUAUCACCUCCAGAGCAUGGUGCCAGAGCACAAAGAAUUUAGCAGUGAGCUGUGCCCCACUAGCUUGCAGGCCGAUCCUCUGCUGGUGCCAGGGAGAGGCGUCUCUAUCCGAGCCUCAUCCAUGCCUCGGUUGGCAGUAGAGUCACAGGUGUCUUCAGAGAACAAACUGAUGAAGCGCUCGUUCUCCACAAUUGGUGAUCAGUGUGUCAAUGGUGAUUGGCAGGAGGAGUUUUCUCUGGAGAGGGUGAGCCCUGAUCGACUAGAGAGACCGAGGCAAAGAAGCUUCAGAGCUAUCAGGUCAAACCUGCGGGAGCCAGUGGACAAGGAGAGGGGACGAUCUAAAGAGCGAAGACACCUGCUGUCUCCAGAUGUGUCUCGCUGUAACUCAGAAGAGAGGAGCCAGUCACAAGAAAGACGCCACUCUAGAUCGCCCAGUGAGGGCAGGAAGCACACAACACUCAGACAGGGAAAUAAUUCAUGCAGUCCUGGUCCCUCUACCUCUGAUUCAGGCACACCUCGAGGGCGUCGUCAGCUCCCACAAACGCCCUUGCGCCCUCGACCCCACAUCUCCUACUCUCCUUUGGUGUGCCGUGCAAAUCCAGCAGCGGGAGUGGGCCGUGCACGGGCCCUGCCCACAGAGGAGGGGGAGGAGCCUACUGGAACCGGUCCAGGCACCGCCGUCGCCCACUCCACCCCCCACCGUUACAUUUCGGAGCCAUACCUCUCACUGCAAGAGGACGUUAACAGUCCGGACUCUAGUGGAUUGGAGGAGACUCUUACUUUUGAGGCUGCCAUAGCAACCAGCUUGGGCCGCUCCAACACGAUCAGCUCUGCCCCUCAACUACGUCACUCUUGGCAGGUGCCAAAUGGACAUUUCCGUAAACGACUAGCAGAAGCCACAGCGGGAACGUCAGGCUGCGAGCUUCUAAGUGACACUGAUGAGGAUGACCGUUGUUAGGAGUGUCUGAGUCUGAGACUGGAAGAUUCCAUGAUAAAAUUUGAGCCGACACAGUGGCAUCCUGGAUUGAUGACUCUGAUCUUGAACUCUGUGCCUCAGUCUAAAGAAAAAAUAUGCCUGUUUGUUUUUUAGUUUUUGUGUGUGUUUGUGAAUGUGGAGUCUGAGUAGAGAUGUUGAAGCAUCUCUGAAGAAACGUACUGAAGAAUGGAGAAAGAUCUGAACAUCACAACCUGCUUUGGGUAAAAGAAUAGGUGACUUUGCCAAACGUGCUGAAAUGAUCAACAGUCGUAGCUUGCAUGAGCUCGUUGAGGUUGAAGAUCAGGUAUAUGCCCUCACACUUUCUCUGGACCCAUCCCCACAGAUGAGGAGAAGACACAAUUUAAUACAGAUUAAUCCAAAUCUGACAGCAUGCUCAUCAUCAGGAACUGGGCCGCUCCCAAACACAUUCAGGCUUCCAAACCUGCCUCAAGAUAUUGAGACGUUCUGUAUAAUACAGAUAAGCGUGUUUAAACAGUGUUUACAAAGUUCUUUCCUUCUGAGCUGAUAAGGCAGCUGAAAAAUAGCAGCAUACACUUAGAUAUGUGUGUGUGUGUGAAUGCCACCUCUUUGACAGGCAGAUGUUUUGAUUUUCAGAGGCCAAUGGGAAGGUUCAUGGGGGGGGGUGUGCUCUUUGGCAUCUUGAACAUUCUGCUACCCGUGUGGUUGGUUCUCUUACAUUUAGGAGGUGUGCACACACACACACACACAUAUUCUCCAGUACACACUUUCAGAAUGCAAGUAGUGAAUUUCAAUCUGUCACUGACGAGAGGUAAAUACCCCUUUAACUACAUAUCUUAAUAACAUGCAGGUAACAGGGACUUAAAAGGAAAUAAGGCCUGAUAAAUUGUGUAUUCUGAAUAGUGCAUGAAGUUUAAUGCAAAUGGCACCAGGUGACGUCCUGGCCUUUAACAAUAGAGUCUAAACGGAUGACUCAUGUACCAUAUGUAAACAUUUCAAAUCCAUCUUAUGAAGUCUCCAAGCCAUUUUUGUAAAUAAGAAUUGUCUUAACGAUGUUAUCUUUUGUGAAACAAAGACUAAUCUCUUUCAAUUCCAUCUCAUUCUUAUUUAGCAGAUUUUUUCUUGGCCCUUAGAAAAUCUGAAGUACUUGGGCAGGUUUCUUCUCUCCUUUGGUGAAUCUCACAAAGCCUAUCUGGGUUAAAUCAAGAGAAAAAUAAGAAAUUGUAUUUUCUGCAUAAAGUAAAUGCUUCAUGCUAAAUAUAUUUUCUUAUUUUUUCCGGGUGAAAUAUGACCACAACAUGUUUUUGUGAGUUUCACGCUUGUAGCUCCAUUACUAGACUGGGAAAGCAAUUUCAAUUAAUGUUUUGUUGCCUUUGGGUUCAUUUGUAAUGUUUACUGUGAAUUUCCAUUCCUAGUUUGACUUAGAAACUGAAUGAGUUCUGUAGUCUAAAUCAGUGAGAAGCAUUGCCUCCAUCAAGUGCUUGACCUAGAAAUGCUGCAAUUAACUAAGGUUCUGUGAUUCUCACGAAACCAUUCAAGCAAAAUGUUCGGAACCUAUUUUACUCCAAAAUCAAAAGGAACAAAAACUACAUGUUUUUUAGGUCAUAGACCCUUUUCACACCUCCGUGUUUUGGAACUCGGAAGUAAAUUAUUACAACUCGAAGGCAGUGAAUGGGAGACCACACUAUUUGCUCCAACAUAAAAAAAGCCACUUAUGUUUCCAAAUGAAGAAAAAAAAUAGAGAGUGAUGGAUUACAUCAGAAGAAGAUGACAAAUUAACUGUCACUCUUUCAGCAGCUGUGUUAGAAACAUCAUUGCAUCUGUAUUAACUCAUUUUUUAAAACUAAUUCCAGGGUAAUAUAGUACAAAUGUUACAAAUUUAUACUAAUUAGCUGAAAAAUUGCAAAUACAAAAGAGUUUGCUAGAUUUACGCUGCUAAAUAAGACGUAUCAUCACAGUCUGUGAAAAGGGUCAAUGGAGAUUCGUUUACAUUGAGACAUUAAUUUCAUGACAGUUACGCAUAUUUUACCCCCCAGUUCUCAUUACUGCAAUGUGGAAAAAAAAAUUUUAUUAUUUAAUUGUAAAGUAUUUGUACAUCAUAGUAGUAGUCACUUGGUCCUGCCUUUCAUUGCUGAUUUUAGUAAUAAUAAAAAAGAUCAUACUGUAUACUGAGUCUGUCAUUUCAUAUUUUUGUAUUGAUUUGGGGUUAAAUAUGACUAAGACAUUUUCUUGACAGGUUUUCAUGAGAAUCACCCGGUUUUUAAUUAAUGUUUUUGCGGAAAUUCUAAAUGUACGUUUAGCCUGAAUGUGGGUGACCUGGUUUUUAAAGGUAGCUGUGGGAAACUGGCAUAAUGUAAUGCAUAAUAUUAGUCAAUAGAGAAUUGUAACGGAAGUAUGGAAUGUAGUUCAUAUACAGUAAAUGCCAAAUUUAUUGUUCAUCCAACAUGCCAUCUCAAAACCAGCCUCCUCUCUGGAUUCCCCCCCCCCCCCCCGCCCCCCCAAAAAAAAGAACAAAAAAAAAAGAAAUAAGAAAAUUACAUUCCAUUUUUUAUUAAAACAUAUUUGAAGUCUUACUCUUUGGUUAGAUUCUGUAUAUCCAGCAUCUUAAAAAAGCAUUUCAAGAUCAGUUGCCCCCUCAAGAGAAUUUCUGUAUCAUGUAUUGUGUUGUAAUUUGUUUUCUUGACAUGUUCCUAAACGUGAAUAGAGAUUAUUUGGUACUUGUUCUUGACAACCUGCUGGAGGUCACUGCCUUGUGAAUUAUGUGAAAUAAAAGAUUCCUGUUGCA